GUUAUAAUAUGAAAUCAGUGCUACAUACGUCGGCGUCGCUUGCGUUUUAGGGCUGGUCAGUUAUUUGUUACUAAUAAUAAUUAUACGUUAAUUGUACGUGAACAGCCGUGCAGGUGUGACUACGAUUGGGAAUCGCGAUAUAUAUUUUUCUGUUUGGACAGUUACUUAAUUUAUAACAUAAAAGCUAACGAGUAACGCAGGGUUGGGCUCCACGAUGAAGCUCUCCCUGGUUUUUGAACUACUUUUAAUUUUUGUGCUUAUAGCAUUUGCUGCAUCCAAAAACAUACAUAAACGGAAAAAUAAUAAUAAAGGACUUCGUAAUAAAGAAGAUGAUGUCAAAAUCGAAGAAAGUAGUCUAAAUAGAUACUGCAAAUGUUCGGAAUCAUUAUGCAACUGCUGCAGGGACUUCGCAGUUCCGGUUGUUAAUUUGAACGGUCCAGGAUGUGCUUCACUGAUGUAUUUGACGGGUGAUAAAAUGUCGAUAUCACUGAGUUUUGGCAAGAAAGUGAUCACAAACCGCACUGUUGCAAGUCGUAAGCCGAGUCCAGUCUGCAUGCCUCUACCAGGAGGUGUAUCAAAGUUCUGUGGACGUGUUUACAACAUCGCAAGGACAGGAGAAGACUUCCGUGCUUGUCUCGGUUUAGAACUACAAGCUAAAAGCACUGUUGAAGCCGCAGUGAGAGUAUCCUGCUUUAAGUUCGGUCCUCGAGGUGUCACAUCUGAACCAGCUGACCCCCUGCCAUUGGUUCCUCAAGAAGAAACGGAGGCGGAAGACGAUGACGAUGACGAUGAUGAUGAAGAAGAAGACGACUUCGGUCUGGGUGCCGAUGAUGACGAUGAUGAAGUCGAUGAUGACGACGAUGAUGACGACGGAGAAAUAGAUGCCGUCAACGAUGUCGAUGCUGCGGAUUAUACAGGUUUUAGUCUUUUAGGAGAAGACUUAUUAGGAGACCUGUUCGGAUCAUCCGGCGGUAAAAAACCCAACAACAAGAAUAGAAAUAAACAAGCCCCAAGUUCUUCAACUUCUACCACUACCCGUCGACCAAGGCCAAACCGACGUACUACUAGAAGACCUAAUACUAGAACUACACCAAGACCAGUAACGAGAACAACCACUGUUCGAGUAAGACCCGUAAAUAGGCGUCCAACACGUAGACCAGGAAGAAGGCCUACUCGACGCCCUGGUGCAAGUACUACUAGUGCAGACAGUUUUCCUGAAUCAAGUAUUUCUACUGCUUCUGAUUCUGUAUCCGCUAGUUCUGAAGUGCAAGUGCAAGACAGUCACACAUCAACAACAGUAGGUGUUCAAAGCUCUUCAGCAAGUAUGGAAAAUACUCAAACGAGUGAAAAAAUUGUUUCAAUGAAUGAUAAUCCUUCUUCAACAAUUGUUUCAACAACACCGAUAACUGCAACCAGUUUUGAAGACCCCGGUCUCGAAAUGUCAUUAGCUCAUAUCACAGGUCAACUUUCUGUAAUGCCAGUUACUCAGAUCAUUCCCACUUUAUCCAAAGAGGAAACCAAAUCUAGUGAAGAACAAACUUAUGAGCAAGUUCAAACUAUAACGCCUAAGCCUCACUCAACUAUUCCAUUUGCCACGGUUGUUGACGAUGAUGAAGUGAAAGAAGACAUGGUACAGAUUGUACAGAGCCUUGAUUCUCAUUCUGCUGAACAUGAAGCUGACAAGGAAGUUACUGGAGAUGAGAGUCGUGGUCAUAAUCAUUUUCCAAACCAUCAUUAUGAAGGACUUGUUUUACCGAAGAAAAAACACAGAGGUGAACAAUUUGAUUUAGAAGACUUAGAUGUUCUUGAUUUAACUAAAAUUGGUGAAAGUGUCGGUCAUCAGCUAGGCAUUUUUGGCCGUCAUAAAAGGCAAAACAAAAACAAAGACAAUAAGCCUCAUAAACAUAAAAAGCAACAUAACAAUGAUUAUGAUGAUGUACUUGGAAUUGAUGCUCUUAACGAAAGCUUAGGGUUACCUGAUAUCGAAGUCGGAAGAAGAAGAAGUGGUAGGAGGCAAAAUAAAAUGAUGCGUGGGGAAUGGUCACAGAAAUAAAUGAGGAAUUUAAAUAGUAAUUUAUUAAUUUUAGCUUAUUUAUUUAUUUUAAAUUAUUCAUCUCUGUAAAUAGUUAAUUUAUUCUGAAUGUAUAUUUUUUACAAG